GUGGUACCCAGCCCGUUAUCGCUCUUUAUCGUUCAGUGAUCGUUGACCGAUGCACCAAACCGCCAUCUUCUUAUUCUACAUGUAAAGGUACACGAUUAAACGUGAUCAUUAUUCCCAGUGCAAGAAAUAUAACACCAAUGACAAUGUACGGGGUGAAUCUCACGGCCCUCAUGGAGAUGAAUUCCGUGGACAGAUUAUACCUCGGUUUGGGACUUCUGACGUCAUUAGCUUCACUGCUUGCGUGUGUGACGCUGUUCUUUGUCGUCUGCUGUAUUCCCGCCAUCAGAAACAAAGCGCGUUAUAUCGUUCUGUUCAUUGUGAUUGCUAACGCUGGAGCCAGCAUUGGCACUGUAGUGUCGGUUAUCGUCAAAGUGGGCUACCCUGUGGUGUCGUGGCGCUCACAUCCGGCCUGUGAGUCGGCCGCUGCCCUGACCGUCUUAUUCCGGAUCAGUGGGUAUCUGUGGACAGUCACGUUGGCCCUCUUCUUGUGUCUGGAGGCCUGGAAGAAAACCUUGAAUUUCACUUCCUCUUUGAUCCUAUGGCCCGCUCACUGCAUCUGUUGGGGGUUUCCGGUGGCAAUCAUGCUGACGCUGGUAGCACUGGACGUCCUGGGGUCAGACAUCGGCAAACGACCCGGACACGUGCGCCCACCUUGGUGUUUCGUGGACCGUCAGAUUGCAGACUACAACACAUUCGCAAUUUUGGCGGGAAUGGGAUGGCGCAUGGCGGCCAUCAUUUUGUGUUCCAUUUCAUAUCUUUUUUUACAGUAUCAAGCGCUUAAAAAGCCAAAAACGAAGCAGCCUGAAAGGCGACAGGAAGGGGAAGAGCACAAGAAGCCCUCUGUAAACCCCAACCGUAAAUUGCGCCAUCUGCUGGUCGUCUUUGUCCUGCUAAACAUCUGGGGUGCAUGGCAUUUUCUGAUCUCCUACUAUCGCCCGGAUGUUGACGUAAUGGUAGCAAUAGAGGUGAUUUGUGACAAUCUGCAAGGAUUCAUCAACACCGGGUUCUUUUUCAUGUUCUUCGCUGAAGUACGACGCGCAAUGAAGGAGUUCUGCUGCAAGCCUUUCUAUAAACGUUGCUGCAAACGUCUCCGUGACGCCAAUGUGUCACUUCCGGUAGAAAUGGAACAGCUGAGAGAGGAGAGUGGGGACCACACCCACCUACUGGAGGGUGAGGAAGACCAGGUUCACUUCACACAGGAACCUGGUCACCCAGACAGCUAGAAUC